GUGCCAAAGAGAAUUCUUGAAGUCAUGAAUGUGCCAAACUUGACAAGAGAAAAUGUUGCCAGUCACUUACAGAAGUAUCGCAUAUUCCUGAGAAAAGUAGCAGACAAAGGUUUAAUCGAGGGCUUAUCUAACAGGGAUCUAAAGUCAAGGUUUGCUUCUGGCCUUUCACCAUCAGUGAUCAGAGACUUCCAAGCAGCAACUGCGAAAGCACGUGUUCCUGUGCAGCAAUACAUGAAAAGAUUGGCACAUCAAUCAGCGUACGGAGGAAUAGCCAAUGCUCUUAAACCUUACAAUCAUGUUUCAAGAAGUACUAGUUAUGUGACUACUACAUUUGGAAGAUCUAAUCAAUUUCCCUACUCAUUGCAUAAAGGCUUGAACAUGAGGGUUCAACACCAGCAUGGUGAUUCUUUGAAUCAAGCCAGACUUGGAAUGCAAUCAAGCUUUGCUACCAAUAAUGCUGGGGCCAAUUACAACAAUAUUCAACAAAAGAUGUUGGGAAGCUAUGCCAACUCAUCAUACUAUUCAAAAAGCUCUUGCAACAAUGUUGGUGCUGUCUUUCAAUCAAAUGGAACAAUGGGACACGGCUUGAUCACUGCAAAUGGCCUUAGAGGAGGUGUGAAAUAUGGUAACCAGCAAUUGAUGAAUCAAAACUAUGGUACUUCAUUGGAAAAUUAUCACAAGUUUAGCUAUGAUCAAGUAAACUGGAACAUGGGAUCUUUGAACUACUCUAAUAAUAAUAAUCUGACUUGGAAUAGUACUACUUAUAAUACCAACGGUAACAUUCAACAGAAUGGUGGAUCACAAGUGGUUGGAAAUGGAAUGAAAGGAGAGUAUAACAAUGCUGUUGGUACUACGGAUUCCAUUGCAAACAACUCUAAUAAUAAUCUGACUUGGAAUAGUACUACUUACGAUACCAGCAGCAGCAUUCAACAGAAUGGUGGAUCACAAGUGGUUGGAAAUGGAACAAAAGGAGGGUAUAACAAUACUAUUGGUACGCUGAAUUCUAUUGCAAACAACAAUAGCUUUGGGUUGAUCAAAGGGACAACUCAAAAUACAAAUAGGAAUGUUGUGGCACCUUUAGGGCAAGGAAAUUCUGGUUUGGCUCAAGGAGGGUUUGCUUCUGCUUCUGCUUCUAUUGCUAUGGAUUAUGUCAAGUCAAGUGAUCACCUUCCACCAGCAUUUAUCACUAAUAAUGGAACAGGAGCAGAAAAUGUUUCUGUGAACCAACAAAGGUCACAGCAACAAAAUGUCAAUGUUGCAGGAAAUGUCACUUCAAUCGGUGAGGGUGAUUUCAACCACCUAGCAGAUGAAGUCGACCUUUCUGAUCUUUUCUUGAUGAUAGAUGAAAUGGAUAUUCUUAUUGAGACUGGAGAGAAUCCUAAUGCAAGUGAACUUCCAAAGUCUGACUUUUCUAACUCAACUCAUGCUGUGCAAUCCCAUGAACAGUCCAACAGUGGUAGUGAUAUGAUUAUCGACCAAACUGAAAGCACAUUAAAUGUGUCAAACGAGUCCCCAACAAGCUCUGACAAGAAUUCUAAUCAGCUGGGAGGCUAUAGCGGAUUUCUGGACAUAGAAUCCUUGGAUAGGUUCAUGGUGGAUGAUGUUUCCUCAGCACGUGACUCAGCUACUUAUCAGGAUUGGGAUAUGGAUUUCAUUGAAACCUUGUUUGCUGCUGAGACAAACUAGAGGGAAUGAGAAGUGUGCUUCCAUAGGAUCAUAUAAAAUUAGAUAUAUAUAUAUUACAUAUAUAUACAUAACAUUAAUUUGCUUAG